GCGUGGCCCGGGAGAGCGUCCUGCAGUGGGACGAGCUGCCGGACGGCACCCGUGUUCCAAUGGAAAUCGUGCUGAUGGAGAAGGUGGGCUCUGGCUGCCACUACAUCAUCCAGCUCCUCGACUGGUUUGAGCUGCCUGACAGCUUCGUGCUGGUCAUGGAGCGUCCAGUGGCAUCACAGGAUCUCCUGCAGUUCCUGCUGGAGCAGGAGCUCCUGUGCGAGGAGAUGGCGCGCUGGCUUUUCUGCCAGGUGCUGGAGGCCGUGCGGCACUGCACCGCCUGCGGCGUCCUGCACCGUGACAUCAAGCCCGAGAACCUCCUCGUGGACCCGGAGAGUGGCGACCUGAAACUCAUUGAUUUCGGUUGCGGCACCUUCCUCCAAGAGCGACCCUUCACACGAUUUGCCGGAACGCACGCGUACAGCCCACCCGAGUGGAUCGUCCUUGGCUGCUACCACGGCCAUUCGGCAACCAUCUGGUCCCUGGGCGUGCUGCUGUACGUCAUGGUCUGCGGGAGUCUCCCCUUCUGGGACGACCGCGACAUCGUGUCGGGGCAGCUCUUCUUCGAGCACCAGGUCUCUCCAGAGUGCAAACAUCUGAUCCGCUGGUGUUUGGCCAAGCACCCCGCGGACAGGCCAGAGCUGGAAGAGAUCUUCUGCCACCCUUGGGUGCGGGGCAGGCGUUUCUGAUGCCUUGCCAGAACCUGUGCAGCACCCAGUUACCACGUCCCACGCAGGACCCCAAAAAUAAAACAAGCACAAACCCAU